GUAAUAGCAGCCAUAGGCCAUAGUCCACGGCCCUUUUAUUAUAAACCAACAGAUCUGACUUUCCUUUCCAUUACAAUUCGCUUCUCUUUUCAAAUCCAGAAAAUCAAAGAAAGCCAGCGAAGCCUUCGCCACUUUGCGACCAAUACCAUGUCGUCACCAAGGAAGAUCAUCCUCAGGAGCUCUGACGGCGAGCCUUUUGAGGUCGACGAAGCCGUCGCCCUCGAAUCUCAGACUAUCAAACACAUGAUCGAAGACGACUGCGCUGAUAACGGCAUCCCGUUACCUAACGUUACCAGCAGGAUCCUCGCUAAGGUCAUCGAGUACAGCAGGAAGCACGUGGAGGCCAGGCUCAACGAGGCUGCCAACAAUAAGAUUAACCACCAUCUUCACCACCUCAACAACAACAACGCUGCCGCUGCCGCUGCCGCUGCUUCGGCUGCUGCUGAGGAGGAGCUCAAGAACUGGGACGCUGAGUUCGUCAAGGUUGACCAGGCCACUCUCUUUGACCUCAUUCUGGCUGCCAACUACUUGAACAUCAAGGGGUUGCUGGACCUCACCUGCCAGACUGUUGCUGAUAUGAUAAAGGGGAAGACACCCGAGGAGAUUCGCAAGACAUUUAACAUCAAGAAUGACUUUACCCCGGAGGAGGAGGAGGAGGUCCGUAGGGAGAACCAGUGGGCAUUCGAGUAAAGUGGGUUAUUAUAAAUAUGUUUUUACUAAUAACACUGGAUGCUUUUGUGUUAUAUUAGGCUAUUAGCUAGUAGUUGGAUUGCUUUCUCUAUGCCAGAGACUUAAUUAACAACUUAUGAUCCUUCUUAAGAUGUAAAUAAUAAUUGGAUCCUGUCCGGACUAGUAGCUUUUGGACAUCCUCUUCUUUAUGCUAUUUCACCCCUUCAAACGGGUGGUAGUGACUACUGACCCCUUCAAACAGGUGGUAGCGGUGAACAGGGAUAUCUUGAUAGUGAGCUAAUGCUAAUUCAUCUAUUGUAGAUGAAAGUGAGCAAAGCUCAUGGAAUGGAAGGAUGUGUUACACAUCCCUAGUGCUGCUCUCUCUGACUCUUCUUAUGUUUUUGGUUUUUGA